AUGUGGCAUUCUCAGUGUCACCACCUUCUCUUCCCACCCCCACUUAGACCCACACUCACGCACCAUAAACCCCCUCUCUCCCUUCUUCCACCCCUUCAUCACAAACCCACCAUUCUCCACUCUGUUUCAGUUUCAGCCAUUCCUCCAUGGCUCGCGCAACUGGCUGAUGCAGCAGACAUUGACACAGGGGGACCCGUUGAACUCCCCUUCUCUUCCACCCCUUCCAUUUUCGCCACCACCGACGACCCUUCUCCUAUUCAAGUCGCUUCCAGUAUUCUCCUCACCGGCGCCAUCUCCGUCUUCCUCUUUCGCGCCCUCCGCCGCAGAGCUCAACGUGUCAAACAAUCCCAAUUCAGGUCUUCAGGAGUGAAAUCAAUCAAGGAAGAAGCAUUGGAUAGCUUGAAAGCCUUUAGGUCAGCUUCUGUAGAGGCUAAGGGUCCACCUUCAGCUGUUCAGACAUUGCUUGGGGGAAUAGCUGCGGGAGUCAUUGCUCUUAUUCUCUAUAAGUUUGCAACUACCAUAGAGGCAGGUCUAAACCGACAAGCAAUUUCUGAUAACUACUCUGUCCGCCAGAUAACCAUCACCAUAAGGACAAUAGUGAAUGGCUUGACAUAUCUUGCAACAUUUGUUUUUGGCCUAAAUUCCCUGGGUUUAUUCCUAUAUUCUGGCCAGCUUGCCAUCAAAUCCAUUAUGGGAGGAGAUUCAACUGAAAAGGAAACUGAAAGUAAAAUUACUGAACUGUCAAAUUCAUCCAAGUUAUCCAUUGAGAGUACCCCUGAUAACACUGAAUUGAGCGGCAGGAAGGAAGAACAAAGUUCAAAUGAUGCACAAUAG